AUGAGCUCCAACCCCCUCAAAUCUGCGACUGCGUCGAAAUCUGGCCAAGGAUCGUUUCCCUCUGGGACGACUACAACCCAGAGCUUGCUCUUGGAAAAGGUUCAAGCCCGGACCUCAACUCCCGACUCGGAGGCACUAGCGAGCUCGGAUGACGAGGUGGAACAUCGCAACGAAGCAUCUCAGGCUGCCCCUGCACAAGCUCAAAAGCCCGUUCGACGAUCUUCCUGGCUCAACGAUACCUCUCAGUCGUUGAAUCGACCUCGCAAAGGCUCAUUUGCAAGCAGUUCCAUGUCUCCAACGGGAUCACAUCCCAGCACUCCAUCAGCAGAGGCUGGUAGCGGCCCUUGGGGUUCUCAUUCAGCCUCUUCAGCUGGUGGCCGCACAGCUAACUCGUCAGCGUUUUCUUGGGGGACCGGCAUUUGGAAUGCCGAUCGGAAGGAUGCCUCGUCCAGGCUGAGCGAAGUCCUCCCAUCGCCCACCUCUGUCAUUCCGCCCGGCGGCAGCAACUCCUUCUUUGGGCCCGACUCUGGCUUAAGCCAAGUUUCUCCGAGCUCUCGAGACUCCGUGUCCAAUUCUCAAAUCCCAUUUGCUAUUCCAUUACACCCCACUCCGAAAACUUACCGAUCUCAAUCAUAUUCAGUUGGCCAGACGGACCCCGAGACGGCACCACCAGGUGGAAUGAGCUCAUCUGCUAUCCUGGGGCGAGCACGUCACCCGGCCUUACAGCACCGACCUUCUCGGCCCAGCAUGCUCAGCGAGAUGGCAAAUGACGGUUCAAUGCUCGGCAAGGUCAAGGAAGUUGAAGACGACGACAAUGAAAGCACAUCGGAAUCCCUGCAAGGCUCGUUCCACCAAAUGUCCGAAACCAAAACUAUCGAAAUGCUCGCCCGUGAAAAUGCCAUGUUGCGUCAGCAACAAUACAACAACUCUCGUAUCCGGCCUCGUGCCUCUACUGGCGCAUCCUUCCUUGGAAAUGGAUAUGAAACUGUCCCUGAAGAGUCGGAUUUUGCUGUUGAUGAACUGGACGAGGCCACUGAUUCAAUCGAUUCCCUCGGCAGGCGUGGAUCGGGUCGGCGUAUGAGUGAGUUCGGCGCCAAUGCUUUCCGCGCGCCGCUAGGUCUGGACAACCGAAAAUCAGACAACUUGAAUUUAAAAAAGGCUGCACUGUGGUCAAGCUCUCCGGGCUUCUUCGGGGGGGAUAUCUCACAGAGUCGGCGCCAUUCGUUUGCCAAUAUGCCAACUCGACAAGGCUCCAUCAGCUCCAUUGCUGAUUCAGUAUCUGGUCUCGAUGCUGCUGGCGUGGGCGAGGGACAGUCUUCUCAGGGUUUCCCCGCUGGGUUUGGGGACGGUACUGGGCUGGCAAAUAUCAACAACCAAAUGCUAGCUGGUCUGCCAAACACGAUGCAGACUGCUUUUGGCAAUCCCUAUGCACCCCAUUUCGGUCUCCAAAACCAGUUCACGAAUCGUCCGCCUUCUCCCCACCGCAACAUUUUCGGUGUGGCACAGCCCAGGCACAACCAACUCCUUCACGUGGUCCUGUUCAAGUGUGCCAGAGCCGACGUUUUCUACAUUCAAGAGGGUACAGGCCUUACCGUCAAACCUGGUGACCUGGUUAUUGUCGAAGCAGACCGAGGCACCGACCUAGGAACAGUCGCCAAGGAUAAUGUUGACUGGCAAACCGCCAAGGAGCUGAAGGAACAUUACGCUGAGGAGCACUACAAGUGGCUCAUGAUGUACUCGCAAGGUGCUGCUGCUGCUCAAGAGGGCUCCGGUGCAGGUUUGAUGGCCUCAUCUAGUGGCCUCCAGGGCAGCGCUGUCGGCGGCAUGGGGCCGCCGAAUCAACAUCAUCUACAAGAGCCAAAUGCCGCAGAGCUUCGACCAAAACUCAUCAAGCGGCUGGCACAGAAUCAUGAAGUACAUGCUCUGCGCGAUAAAGAAGGUCAGGAAGCCAAGGCAAAACGAGUAUGUAUGCAAAAGGUCAAGGAACACGGCCUCAAUAUGGAAAUCCUCGAUGCGGAAUUUCAAAUGGACUGGAAAAAGCUUACGUUUUACUACUUCGCUGACUCUUACAUCAAUUUCAACUCCCUCGUUACAGACCUUUUCAAAAUCUACAAAACCAGGAUCUGGAUGUCUGCCAUUAACCCAGCUUCAUUCGCCAGCCCAACUCUGGGCAUCCAGGCACCAAGCGGAAUUGGCCCUGGGGCUGUAGGUGUCGGGCGUGCCUCUGGCGGCGAACGGCGCCAGAAUCCUCAAGGCCAGGAACAGCAACAGCCACAAGCUUUCGGCAGGGGCUAUCGUCCAACAUUUGGCCAGCCCUUUGGUGGUGAGCGAAGUGUUCCACCAGCGUCAGCAUAUCCGCCGAACAACCAUGCGUAUGGGGUCGGUGCAUUCGGCAAUACUCGUGGCACGUCUGCUCCCUACGCACCGAGCCUUUCCCCAGGUGCAGAUGGAUUCCCGACCGGAUUGGGCCAGCAAGGGGACUUCCAGUCUCUUCGCCAACGAUUUCCCGGAGCGCAGCAUCUAUCUAGUCCAUCUCCGCACGCGACGGGCGUGUCACCCAUGUCUGCACAAAACGACUGGAAUGCCGCAUUCCAAGGGCUUUCCCUCAAUACUCAUUAA